ACCAUUCGAUUCUCUGUCUACCAAGUCCUUUCCUCUCUCCCCGAUCUCGAUCUCUCUGUAAGAAUCAUUGCCUACGCCUUCACGAUUCUUCUUUCGUCACCAAUUUUCUUGGAGAACAAAUCCAGGAAUUGAAUUUGUUCAAGGGUUCAUUCUUGUCAGCGACGGCAACGAUCUCCGUCGGAUUUGCGAAGGCAACGAUCUAGCGGCGGCGAUCUCCAUCGGCGUUACCACGGUGGGUCUCCGGCGUGCGAAGAACACAGUCGACGAGUUCGAAGAAAGAACACAGUCGACGAUUGAACUCUCCUUCGAACGUGUUGGUCGACGGCAAAGCUCAAUGUUCCUCAAACAACCAGAUCUGUCCAACGUCUGAUUUUUCUUGUUUCGCACCGUCACGGCCAUCUUCUUCCACCAUCGUGGCCCAUCCGCCACUGCCGGCAACCAGCACCACCAUUGCCGUCCUUUGCCAUCAGUAUCCCCUCUUUCUCUAUAUAUAUACACCACUGUCAUAGCCGUCAUUCUCCACCAACGCUGUCCUCUUUGACCACCGCAGCUCUCACAGAGGAUUUAGGCAUUCUGCAGCAUGGAUUUCGCCAUGUUGACAAUAUCACAAAAUUAGAAAGAAGGUAAGCCAAAACAAUUCUUUUCAUCCUUUUGAGGAGUGGUGCAAUCGAUUCAAAGAUGGGGACGAGAGAGGUUUACGAAGAGAAGUUGAGGUCCGGCAACCUCUACCAUGACCCAACCAUGAACCCGGGCUUAGGUUCGCCUCGAUGCCCUCGCUGUCUCUCUCUGUUAAACCCUAAUGUGGACAAUGGUGAAUGGGCCAUCACUUCAGUACUACAUGAUGCUACAGCUGUGGCUGGCUCUGGAAUUGGCGGAAUGCUUAGUGCAAUUCAUGGUUUCAAUACAGGGAUCCCGUAUUUCCAAAAACAUGUUAAAGGACCAAAAUGGCUUCCUUUUCUUAUUGGGCUUCCUCCACUGCUAAUGUUCUCAGCUGCUAGUGUUGCAUUUGGAGGUUAUGCACUUCCGAAGUUUGCCCAACUGACCGUGACAUCGUACUAUGCUGCCUCAAGUGCAUCGCAUUAUGGCAUUUCAUUGCUCACCAGACAUAUUGAAGAUUCCUACACUUACCAUGUUCAGCAGAAAAGACUUAGAUGAUCAAAUGCAGCUGUAAACCCAUCAGAAUUCUACUUUUGUUGCCUUUAGUUUCAACUUUUGUGAUCAAGCAUAAAACUUCCUGUUUGCUAAAAUUUUGGGUAAAAUGUUUGUUGGGUUCCUAUUCUCUUUUGAGUAAUGCUAUAUAAACAAAAAAUUAAUACAUAAUGAUAUGGUUCAAUAUGGACUUUUCAUUUUAAAACCAAAUACCAUUAAAGAUGAAUUUAUUUACAAUAAUGCCGUUGUCACA